UCUAUGAUAUAGAUUUUCUAACCUCAAAUACUUGGCGCUGAUCGUUUGAACGUCUGUCGUUUGCACGUGGUUUGUGCAGCUCGAGUCUGCAGAUUAAUUCCAUAUAUUUACGUUAUGGAUACUUACGAUAUUUUCAAGAAGCUCGCACUGGGCGUCCAAUUCGAUAAGACACGUUUUCGGUCAGUCGCAGAAAGAUUUCAGAUGAUAAAACCGAAGAAAACUGACGAUACGACGGUGAAAAUAAAGGAGGAAGUAUUAGAGCCUGAUACAGGGGGCAAUGCAAAGAGAAAAUAUCAAGAUGAAAACGAAGAUACUAAGGAGAUAACAUUGCUGAACGGACUGUUGAAAAGCGAGAGUGUUCCAGCCAAGAAACGUACAAAAAUCUUGACUACUGACAAGAUGUUAAAGCUGGAACAAGAAAAGAUAAAUCAUUUGAGGAACGUGAAUCGUAUCUCCGUCACGGGCAGUCAUGUACCUAAAUUAAUAUUAGAUUUUAAUGAAUUGAAGACAAACUAUCAAGUGCCAGAAAAUUUGUUGAAUAAUAUGGCAAACAGUGGAUAUGCGCAGCCAACGCCCAUACAGAUGCAAGCAAUGCCAAUUAUGUUGGAAGGUAGACAGUUACUGGCUUGUGCUCCGACGGGGUCAGGAAAAACUGCAGCAUUUUUGUUGCCUAUCAUUUACAGUCUACGGGGACCGCAAAAGAAAGGGUUUCGCGCGGUUAUCCUAAGUCCCACGAGGGAGUUGGCCAAACAGACGUACAGAGAAUGCCUGAGACUGAGUGACGGCUAUGACUUCAGAAUUCAUAUAAUUAAUAAAGUAAAUCAGGCUCUCACCAACUAUGGGCCUUCAAGCUCGCAGAAGUUUGAUAUCUUGAUCACUACGCCAAAUCGAUUAGUCUUUCUCCUAAAUCAAGAUCCUCCAGCCAUUUCGCUAGAAAACGUUGAAUGGUUGAUUGUGGACGAAGCAGAUAAGCUUUUCGAGGAAGGAACUCGUGGGUUCAGGGAACAAUUAGAUGAGAUUACGAGAGCUUGCGUUAACACAAAUUUACGCCGUGGUAUGUUCAGCGCGACUAACACACCAGCGGUAUCAAAGUGGUGCCGUCAAAAUAUGAAGGGUCUUAUAACAGUGACAGUUGGACAAAGAAAUGCAGCUGCAGAAUUGGUAGAUCAAGAGCUUAUCUUUGUUGGUUGCGAAAGAGGUAAAUUGCUGGAACUCAGGAACAUUGUUCGAAAGGGUAUAUUACCACCGGUUCUGGUAUUUGUGCAAAGCAAAGAGAGGGCUCAGGAACUUUUCCAAGAACUUAUUUACGACGGGCUUAACGUGGAUGUUAUUCACGCUGAUAGAACAAUGACACAGCGAGACAAUACCGUGCGUUGCUUUAGAGAGGGAAAGAUCUGGGUUUUGAUCUGCACAGAAUUGAUGGGCAGAGGUAUAGACUUUAAAGGUGUGAAUCUCGUUAUAAAUUAUGAUUUUCCGCCGUCUGCCAUCUCAUACAUUCACAGAAUAGGUCGUACCGGUCGUGCCGGACACAAGGGAAAGGCCAUAACGUUUUUCACUCAACAGGACACGGUCAAUUUACGAAGUAUUGCAACAAUUAUGCGAGCAUCCGGAUGCGACGUACCGGAUUACAUGUUUGCUAUGAAGAAACACAGCAAGAAGGAACGACGAAAGCUCGAGCGAACGGCACCCACGCGCGAAAAGAUAUCGACUGCACCUACGUAUAAACGACACAAGCGAAAAUCGCGUGUCGGAAAGAAACCAAAGCUGGAGGAGGUGUAAUAGUAAGUACGAUAUAUGAUACUCAUAUGUCUUCGCAAUGUAAAUUAAAAGUUUAACAGACUGUUUCCAUAGAGAUUUUACAUCAGGAUAUUUGCGUAUAAAAAGAUUUGAAGUGAAGGUAGAGAUUUAUAAAUAAUUUACUUGCAAUAAUACUUAUAAAAUCCUGUAUAAAUCUAUAAUUUGUGAAAAUACAUAUGAUACAUUUCUUAACAAUCA